AUGUCUUUCAAGUUUUUACGGGCUUCGUCAAGUGUGAUUGAAUGCCACGUUGUUCUUCUUGAUAACUCACAAUUCGUCACUAUGUUUGACCAAGAAACGGUAGUGGGAGACGAGCUUUUAGAAAGAGUGUGCGAAAGACUUAAAGUCCCAUCGUAUGACAGGCAGUACUUUGGUUUACAGUACAUUGAUACCGAAGACGGAGAUGUCAACUGGCUAAAUCUGGAUAAAGAAAUCCGUCCACCCAGAAAAUCGAAUCCGUUGAUAUACCAGUUUGCAGUGAAAGUAUUUCCCAAAGACCCUCUUCACUUGGAUCAGGACAUGCAAAAACAGAUUCUUUUGCAGUUGAAAGGGCUGAUCAACAGAGGCAAGUUCAACCUGCCCGUAAGUAAACAUGCGUCAAUCGACGGCUUCUUCGCGCAAGCGAUGCUCGGAGAUUUCAUCCCCAAGCAACACAAGGCGGGUUAUUUAGAGACUUUGCUCGGAAUAUUCUAUUGUCCUCCAACCGGUAUAAACUCCGAUGGGGACAUCGACGAAGAAAAAUAUGAGCUUAUGGUGCGGGAUUUGCAUAAAUCUCACCGCGGGAUGACCCGAGAGAAAGCUGUGUCGCAUGCCCUUGAUAUCUGUAAAGAGUUACCCAACUACGGUGCCUGUGUGUACUAUGGAGGGACUGAUCUGGACAGCGGGGAUGAGGUUGUUUUGUCCGUUUCUAUUCAAGGAAUUCGCAUCUGCCAGUUAAAGAACAAAUUUCCUGAAGUCGGCGAAGUAUGUCACCAUUUCCAGUGGCGCGACGUUAUCUCCAUUCUUUGUGACGAUGCAAAGUUGUACGUGCACCUGGCAGAGGCAGCUAAUGGUAACGAAGAGGACACGUCAUGUCGCGCGUUCCGUUUCAAGAAAGGCUUGUACAGUCACAAGGUCGCGCAUCGCUUUAAAAAAGACGCAGAAAAUCACCAGAACUUUUUCUUUGAAGAGAACCCUGAACGAGCAAGGACCAUGAGAAGCCUUUCCGUGGAUGUGAAAUCCUUGAAAGGGAUUCGUAAUCUGCGUUCUGGAUCAGUAGGAUCAGGCCGUCAGUUUCUUGCAUCUAAAAUGACUCUUCCUUUCAAGAGACAAACAACGAAGAAGUAA